AUGGGGGAUGUCUCAGACCGUAUAGGCCGCCCUACAGACAAUGGUCAGAUUGGAAUAAUUGAUCCCGAUUGCAGAUUAAUUGGACUCCAUCUUUAUGAUGGAUUAUUUAAGGUUAUUCCCUUUGAUAAUAAAGGGCAACUCAAGGAAGCAUUCAACAUUAGGCUUGAGGAGCUUCAAGUUUUGGAUAUCAAAUUUCUCUAUAGUUGCCCAAAACCUACAAUUGCUGUCCUUUACCAGGAUAACAAGGAUGCUCGCCAUGUCAAAACAUAUGAGGUUGCCUUGAAGGAUAAAGAUUUUGUUGAGGGUCCAUGGUCUCAGAACAAUCUUGAUAAUGGUGCCGAUUUGCUAAUACCAGUACCCCCACCACUUUGCGGUGUCCUAAUUAUUGGAGAAGAAACGAUUGUGUAUUGUAGUGCUUCUUCAUUUAAAGCAAUCCCAAUUAGACCUUCCAUCACAAGAGCCUAUGGAAGGGUUGAUGCUGAUGGUUCUCGGUACUUACUUGGUGAUCACAACGGGUUGCUUCACCUGCUCGUUAUAACCCAUGAGAAAGAAAAGUGA